AUGGAGCAAUUUGCUGCCGAAGCUUAUCCUUCUGAGGUCUCAAGAAUGAUCGCCGCUGCCUCAAACGGAGACGAAAACAAGAGUCUGUCAAAGAUGAAGAUGAAGAUGACUGAAAAUAAUGUUAUUGCAUUAGAUUCAGAGAAACAAUCUCAUUUUCUGCUAGAUCUGAAGCUGUCAAACGAUAGAUCGUUCUCAGCUAUGUCUGGUGGAAGUGGCAGUGGGUCAAGGAGAGAACUCAAUCUCUUCAGUUCUCACCUUGCGAACCCUGUCCCUUCACCUCUUCACCAUCUUCGUCCCAACCAAGUAGAGGAGAAACCCUCAGACGAAGCAGAUGAAGCGGCUCAACCGGCCAAGGUUUUCCCAUGCAACUUUUGCAAGAGAGAAUUCACCACCUCUCAAGCCUUGGGUGGUCAUCAGAACGCACACAAACAUGAGCGUCUCCUAGCCAAACGACGCCAAGGGAUUGACGUUGGGCCUUGUGGGCACCACCACUACUCGCCCUAUUAUCCAUAUUCAACCAAUUUUUCCACCCCCUACCCCUUCUACGGAUCUUACAAUAGAUCCCCACUUGGGGUCCGGAUGGAUUCGAUGAUUCAUAAGCCAAAUCCAUACUCACCAUGGCCUGCCCCACAGCCUGGCCCCGCCGGGGCCGGGUACCGAUCAUUUGGGAACGAUUUUGGCAACGAUGGGGAAGGAGGCGGGGCCAUCGGCGCGUGGUCAAGGCAGCCUUCGAUGUGGAACUCAGGACAACGCUCGAUGGAUCAGCGACUGAACUUUGAGGGACUAGGGUCUCGUAAUGGUGGGGUUGGUGGUUUGGGAAGGUUCCGUGGUGGUGGUGGCGGUGGUGGUGGUAGUAGUGGUGCUACUUCAAGAUUGGAUGAACUCAAUGAAGCUAUAAGCAAAUUUAAUGGUUCCAGUUGCAACACUAGCACUGCCACCGCUACCAAUGUUCCAAUCAACCGUGCGAGUACCGGCGGGGUCGACUUCAUCCGGCGCAACAACGAGCCUCCAAAGACUAAUAAUAAUAAUAAUAAUAAUCGUUCGGCUCCUUCCACAGGGCUUGAUUUGUCUCUUAAACUUUAA